AUGACGCGGCGGUGCUUCAUGGUGUACCCGCUGCCCUCUGUUGCGGACGAGUCAUUUCUUCAACUCCUCUUUGACGGUGGCGUCCGUCGCAGCGCCUUUGCGGGGUUUGGCAAGCGCCGCUUUGCGCUGGUGGAGCUGCAGGGCGACACGCAAGCGGAGGCCGUGUGGCGCGCCAUUGGGCCCGCGUUGCCAAACAGUGUUGCUACUACUGCUGCAGCUGCUGAGACCCACGGCGGUGGCAGUGUGAACCUUGAUGAGGACUGCACACUUGCAGAGUUGUUUGCGGCUCAUAACGCCGCCACCAUUGCUGCUGCUGCUGCUCCGAAUGUUGACGGUGCCGCCGGACAAAGCUGUAUGUCGUUCUUUGGACGGCUGCGGUUCCGAGGCACUCCGCUGCAGGUCGUGCCGAGCCCCGUCACCAUUGAGGAGCUCUACAGCUGCGGCGGCCAGGUGCCGCAGCCCCGCCCAACUGCGGCAGGCGACCAGGAGGGGCCCCGGGACAAAAGGUCGCACGCACAGAAGCGGCUGCGCCCGUCCGGUGCGGAGGACGCCGCUGGGCACGCGGCACAGACGGUGGAGCGGGAGCCAAAGCGGAGUGCGGCGGCGGCCUCUUCGCGGGACGCAUGCCGUCGGUGUGGUUCGACGACGCACUUCACGCGACAGUGUACUGCCGAUCCCUCCAGCGAAGAGUCAACAUCGGCAGCACCAGCAAUUGCUGUGGAAUCGGCAGCUGCAACCGAUAGUUGCGUGGCGGUGGAUACUGCGACGGAGGGUACGUCACGGCUCCAACAGUCACACCGACGUGGCGCGAAGAAUGAGUUCCCGCAGAACUGCUGCCAGAAGUGCGGCUCCUCGGCGCACUUCACUCGGCACUGUGACGGCGGGAACGCGGCGGAUGAAGCGCCGAGGCCGCAGGAGUUGCCUGUGCCCGUCAGUGUGGCGGAUCACGGCGAAAGAAGCAAACCGCUGGCCUUGCAGCAGGAGCACUCCAAGCCGCAACCGAAACAACAACAGCAACAGCAACAGCGACAACAACAUCAUCAGCUACAGCAGGAUCGGCCGCAGCGACCCGCUGUAGUGCGCACAUCGAAGGACCAGUGCAAGCACUGCGGCUCGGACCUCCACUUGUCACGCCAUUGCCCCUCGAAGUGA